AUGCUCGAUGGCACGGGCUUUGAGUAUAGAUUGGAAUAUAUGACACAAGCCAUCCAGGAGGCGUUUAAGAAGGCGACAAGGAAAGUGAGUACCGCGAACCGAUCAGGCACUCAGGGCUUGGCCGCACGGAGGAACGACUGGUGGGAUGGUGAGCUUCGCGAUAUCCGCUCAGAGCUGAAGCGAGCGGAGCGUAGAAGAGACCAACCAGAGAAAACUAGAUUGAGGAAGCUAUACAGAGAUACGAUUGUGAGAAAGAAGUCGGAAGCACUGGAGAAGGCGCUCGACUUCAUGGACAGCAACCUCACAGGGCAGGACAUCUUCAAGGCAUUUCGGACGAAGUCGCCAUAUGAGCCCCUGGCCCCCUUGGAAGGAUGCACGGAUAUGGAGCAGUCAGCAGACUUGAUUGCGGAUCAGUACCUUGGGAAUCUACUAGAUACCCCAUCUGUCGCGAGGGCACCACAGCACACUGAGCACGGCAGAGAUGACAGAGACGAUACCGGCGUAACCUUCACCGCUGAGGAUGUUACUCGGGUGUUGCACAAAAGGAAAGAUAAGUGGGAUAAGAGCCCGGGCAAGAAUGGGAUAAGGCUGAGACACCUAGGCCUUGCGCCUAAAUGGGUGCUCGAAUGCAUAGCAGAACUAGUCUCAUACUCGGUUAACACAUGCCAUGUCGCUGCAGCUUGGAAGGCUUCCAAGGUAGUUUUAUUGAAGAAGAGUGGGAGGCCAGCAAAUCAGGUUAAAAGCUUGCGCCCUGUAUGUCUCAACUGCUGCAUCGGAAAGGUAGCAGAAGCCCUGGUUGCUGAACACCUAGCAGGCCAGUUGGAAAGGGUCAGUAGAUCGGGUACGCAGUUCGGCUUCAUCAAGGGAGGAUGCACGGAAGAUCUGGUCAGAGAGGUCAUGAAGUUUCAGUUGGCAUCCAAAAAAUGGAUCACAGUGAGUCUCGACUUCUCGGACGCAUUCGGAUCAAUCGCACACGAUAAGAUCCAUGAGGUAUUGAUCCAGCGGGGUACGAAUAGGAGGAUUGUUAACUGGAUCUCUAACUGGAUGCACCUGAGACGGAUGGAGAUGAAGGUUGGGAAUAUACAGAGACAGAGGGUGAGAGACACCGGGAAGGGAUGCCCACAAGGGGCCAUUUUGUCGCCGUUGAUCUUCGCUACAGUGGUACAUAAAAUCUGUGAGGAAUGUUCCGAAGAAUUGGAAAGAGUGCUGCCCAACU